AUGGACGUGUGGGGCCCAGCCCCCGUCCGUGGGCAGGGUCACGAGCGCUACUUCCUGUUGGUUGUUGACGACUACUCGCGUUACACCACAGUCCUCCCCUUGCGCAGCAAGGGUGCUGUCACUGAGACCUUCACGCUUCCGGACUCUCCACAGCAAAAUGGGAUUGCUGAGCGCCGCAUUGGCAUGGUCAUGGAUGUCGCUCGUACGUCCAUGAUGCAUGCGGCUGCCCCCCAUUUUCUGUGGCCGUUUGCGGUGAGGUACGCGGCGCAUCAGCUCAACCUUCACCCCAGGGUCUCUCGGCCCGCGAUGUCCCCAGUGUUACUGUGGACGGGGAAGGUCAGCGAUGCGUCUGCGUUCCGUGUCUGGGGAUCUCGGGCGUUUGUCCGCGACUUGUCUGCGGACAAGCUGUCUCCUCGUGCUGCUCCCUGUGUCUUCCUUGGCUUCCCCCCUGACGCUCCAGGGUGGCAGUUCUACCACCCCUCCUCUCGUCGUGUUCUAUCCUCCCAGGACGUCACGUUCGACGAGUCAGUCCCCUUCUACCGCCUCUUCCCCUACCGCACUCCUUCCCUUCCCCCACCACCGGACUUCCUUGUGCCGGUAGACGCAGUUGACCCGGUCGAGGUUACUGGUGACUCUGGUGCUGCUGCGAGUGCUGAGCCUGGGGGUGCUGACUCUGGGGAUGCUGUGCGCGGGGGUGCCGAGCCUGGGGGUGCUACUGCGGAGGGUGCUGGGCCUGGGGGUGCUGACUCUGGGGGUGCUGUGCGUGGGGGUGCCGAGCCUGGGGGUGCUACUGCGGAGGGUGCUGAGCCGGGGGGUGCUGUGCCUGGAGCUGCUGAGCUAGGGGGUGCUGCGUCUGGAGCUACUGGGCCUGGGGGUGUUGCGUCUGGGGCUGCUGAGCCUGGGGUUUUUCCUGGUGCUGCGUCUCAGCGGGAGCCCCUCUCUCCACAGGAGCUGCGCGAGUGGUUUGCUCGCCGCUGGAGGCGUGCUGCUGGAGCUGGAGCUUCUUCGACCGUCGAGGGUGCUGGUGCCGCCGGUCCCGGAGCUGCUGAGCCUGCGGGUCCUGCUGGAGCUGGGGCUGCUGAGGGUGUUGGUGCUGAGACUACUGCUGUCUGUCCUCGCGGUGGUUCUCCUGCUGGUGCUACUGGAGGUCCAGCCGCUGGAGGUGUUGAUGGCGCUGGUGCUGCCGCUGAGGGUGCUGGUGCUGUCCCUGCUGAGUCUGGAGCUGCCGCGCGGCCUCGACCGUACUUCGUUCCGCUCCUGCAGCAGGUUCUUGGUCUUUCUCCUCCGGUAGAGUGUCCACAGCCUGUCCAGUCGCAGUCACUGUUGGAGCCUUCCUCCCCUCUACCUGCUCCCUCUCCUUACACUGGUCCUACUGGAGGUCUUGCUGAGCGUCGUGAGCCUGCGUCUCGUCCCGCGUCGCCUGUUCGUGCUGCUCGCGCUAGUGGUCGCGGUUCGCGUCAGCGUCCUCCUCCUGUCCCUGGCACGCACCGGAUGUCUCUGCGUCCGUCCACUGCUCCUCUGCGUGCCCCUUUGCCUUCUCCUCCUGAGUCCUCUCUUCCUGCGCUUGCUGACCCUGAGUCGGACUCCCUUCAUGCUGCCAGUCCUACUGUCACGCGUCUGCUUGCCACUGUCGUCACUGACCCCUCGUUUGAGUCCACUGCUGCGUCUGCUCUUGUCGCUGAGCUCGUCGACUUUGCUGCUCGCUGUCGUCUAGACUACGCUGCUAGUCUUGUUGCUGAGUCUGCGUCUGUCUGUCCUCCGUCCGUCGGGGGUGAGUGUGCUCUUGGCACGGACGUCCUAGAGGACAGGCAGGAGGAGUUACAGUGUCUGGCUGCUGCUUCACCUCAUCUCGCGUCUGUACUGCUUGCUCCUGAGGGAGACCCGGAUGCACUAGACAUCCCGACUCCGCGCUCUUACGCGGAGGCGAUAGAGGGUCCCUACUCCUCUCAGUGGCAGGCAGCUAUGGAUGCAGAGAUGGCUUCCUGGAAGUCCACAGGCACCUACGUUGACGCGGUUCCCCCUCCUGGGGCGAACAUCGUCAGUGGCAUGUGGAUCUUCAGGGUGAAGCGGCCGCCGGGCUCUCCACGUGUCUUCAAGGCGCGAUACGUCGCUCGUGGCUUCAGUCAGCGGCAGGGAGUUGACUACUUUCAGACCUUCUCUCCCACCCCGAAGAUGACCACUCUUCGGGUGCUGCUGCACAUAGCCGCUCAGCGCGACUACGAGCUUCACUCUCUCGACUUCAGCACUGCGUUCUUGCAGGUCUACGGUCUCCGCCAGGCACCGCGUGAGUGGCACGACACAGUGAGGACUACGCUUGCGGCUCUUGGGUUUGCUCCUUCUACUGCUGACCCGUCGCUGUUUCUGCGCACCGACACUUCACUGCCGCCGUUCUACAUCCUCGUGUACGUCGACGACUUGGUCUUUGCCACAGCGGACACUGCUGGACUCGCCUACGUGAAGUCCGAGCUGCAUGAAGAGACACACGUGCACAGACCUGGACACCGACCAGAGCACAUGGCUGCAGCGAAGAGGGUAUUGCGCUACCUGUGCAGUACGUCAGGCAUGGGGCUAGUGCUUGGAGGGCGCAGUCCAGUGGUCCUUACAGGUCACGCGGACGCUUCUUGGGCUGACGACCAGGCUACGCAGCGGUCGUCACAGGGUUACACCUUCAGCCUUGGUUCCGGCUCUGUCUCGUGGCGGGCUACUCGUUCGUCUUCGGUUCUCAGCUCCAGCUGUGAGGCUGAGAUCUACGCAGGGGCCAUGGCUGCACAGGAGCUUCGCUGGCUCACCUACCUGCUGACUGACCUUGGAGAGCCGCCUCGUUCUCCUCCAGUGCUGUACGUAGACAACAAGGCCAUGCUGGCCUUGUGUCGAGAGCAGCGUGUGGAGCACAGAACGAAGCACAUUGCUCUUCGCUACUUCCUUGCUCGUGAGCUACAGCAGCGUGGACAGUUGCGGCUUGCGUACGUGGCCUCUGAGGCCAACACUGCUGAUGUGUUCACCAAGGCACUCGCGCCUUGUGACCAUCAGCGCUUCUGCACCCAGCUGGGUCUUGUGCCUGUCUUGCCUCACUUGCUCUCCUCUUGA